AUGUCUGAACUUUGCCCCCCGUGGGCGCCUUUCUUUGGCUUUGCCGGUGUGACUGCAGCUAUGACCAUGUCGACCGUCGGCGCAGCGUAUGGGACUUCCAAAGCUGGAAUCGGAAUCGCUGGACUGGGAACGUUUAGGCCUGAACUCAUCAUGAAGUCGCUCAUUCCAGUCGUCAUGUCUGGUAUCAUCGCUGUCUAUGGCCUGGUCGUGGCGGUUUUGAUAAGCUCAAGUAUCGGCCCAAACCAGCCGUACUCGCUCUUCGCCGGCUUCAUUCACCUCGCCGCGGGAUCAGCAUGUGGCUUUACAGGUCUUGCAGCUGGAUAUGCGAUUGGUAUCGUCGGUGAUGCUUGUGUUCGAGCCUACCUGAACGAAUCGAGGAUCUUUGUAGCGAUGGUGUUGAUUCUGAUUUUCGCGGAAGUUCUGGGGUUAUACGGACUGAUUGUAGCAUUAAUUCUCAACACCUCCAUUGGAGAUAUGGUCUGCUAG